CAUUUGAUAGAUAACUUAUACUUAUGAACACCAUUCUCGGUAUAUAAAAAAAGACAACUGAAACUUCCCUCUAGUGAAUGACUUGAUGAUAACUUUGUACGUUCCUACCCGUGCUUUAGUGAAAGAAGAGUCAACUCUGUAACUGAAGUUUACACCUUUUAAGAAACCAAUAGUAACAAUUUCUGUAUUUCAAAAUUUCAAAGCGUUCUUAUUCAAGAUAUUCAGGAAAUGGCUCCCAAAGCACAAGAGGAAAUGCCAAACAGAGUUACAACGUUAACAGAACAAGUCAAAGCUGAAGAGUUGCCACUUGUAUGGACAAAUGUCACUAUAUUCAUCUUCUUACAUGCUACUGCCUUGCUUGGGUUGUAUGUUGGCGUGACUCAACCCACAUGGCAAGGGUGGGUCUUAGCUGUUGUGUCAUGUUUCUUGUCCUGUCUUGGAACAACAGCUGGUGCCCAUAGGCUUUGGUCUCACAAAGCUUACAGUGCGAAGCUUCCACUUAGAAUUUUCUUGAUGCUUUUAUUCUCCUUGGCUGGUCAGAACGACAUCUAUGAAUGGUCACGUGAUCAUCGGGUUCAUCACAAGUUUUCGGAAACUAAUGCCGACCCUCAUGACAUUAACCGUGGAUUAUUCUUUGCUCACAUGGGGUGGUUAAUGAGAAGGAAACAUCCGAAUGUUAUCAAAAAGGGAAAGACUGUUGAUUGCAGUGAUCUGCUUGAAGAUCCCGUCGUACGUUUCCAACGACGCUUCUAUGUACCAUUGGCUUUUUUGUGUGGUUUCAUAAUACCCACUUUGAUACCAGUUCUUUGCUGGGGUGAGAGAGUAUGGUUUGCUUUUGUAACCAAUGGUGUUGCUCGCUACGUCGUUUCCCUUCACUUGACGUGGCUCAUCAAUAGCAUCGCUCACUGGCGGGGGAAUAAGCCUUACAAUCGCUUCUUGACUGCCGUAGAGAGCGCCAAUAUUACGUGGUGGGCUCUAGGAGAAGGUUUUCAUAACUUUCACCACAGUUUUCCUAACCACUACGCCGCCAGUGAGUACGGAUGGAAACAUAACUUUACAAAAAUGUUUAUCGACAUCAUGGCUAAACUUGGCCAAGCCUAUAAUCUGAAAACGGUGCCAGAUGAAGUGAUUGAAAAGACGAGACGGAAAAGUGGUGAUGGAACAACUACGUUUGGGCCUUCUGUUGAAGAACUUCGGAAACAAUGUUAACAAUAUGUUACAAAAAGAGAACAGUGACUUUAUAAGCUUGAUACGAAGUGAAACUAAAACACGUACAUUCCAGGAAAUCUCAGAUUAAACCUUUGAGUUAUUUUAAAUCAUUUAUAGUUGCAUGUUGUGUACAAGUUUUACCUCGGAAAAUAAAACUGUGAUAUUAAACUUUCCAAUGACUUCUAGAGGUAUAAGAAAUUGACUCAUUCAGUUAAUAGCACUAGUAAAACAGACGCUCAACACAAGUUUGAAAUAACCUUUUCUGCAUUACUACUGAUUACAUCGUAUACGACUUAUUUUAUCUUAUGACUUAAUUUACAUUUAUUUGUUAAAUUAUGUCUUUAGAAACUGAAUAUACCGAUGACAUAAAACACCAAAGAUGUACUUGCUAAAGUAUGAAGUGUAUAAAUUAAACAUAAUCUCUUUAUUUUCUUUGAAAUUUAGUUUAUGAUUAAAAAACAAAUAUUUUUAUGCAUCUAGUGACCUACAAAAGUUUAAACAUAAACAUUACAAAGUAAAACACCGACAUACUGAAAACUCAGAAAAUGAGGAAAUAUUACUCUUUCUUAUAACUAUAGGGCUAGGGACUUCUAAGCAACGUUCUGGAGAAGGCUGAAAUUUUACCUAGUGAAAUUGGAACAAGUUUAAUUCGAGGUUUUAUCUUGCAUUGCUUUGUAUUUUGCUACAUGUAAUAAAUAAUGUUUCAUCCAUUUUGACAGACUUUGUGGAUAUUUUAUUCUAAAUUUUUUCGUUGAUUUUUCUAUUGUUUUUAAAUUUAUGUUUAUGACUUUUUAACUUAAAUAGAGGCUCCGUUUUUGUGCGCUCUUUUUAUCAAUUUUUUCAGGGAAAUAUUGUUUGCAAAUAUAUCUUUAAUUUCCUUAGAUGGCAACUUGGAUAAUAUUCAAAACAGUUUAUUUCCGUUUUGGUUUGAAAGAAUGUUAACAAAUAUAUCGAAUUCUAUUCAAAUAAAAUAUAAAUUAUGGUGUUAGGUUUGUUUUUUUUAAAUUACAAUGACAUUUUAACAUAUCUUGAACAAAAAAGCUUUACCACGAAUUAUGUAUUUACGAAAUCCUGGAAAGAUAUGCAUUACUUUGAGAAAAAUACGCAAUAUAAUUAAAGUUAUUUAGAAUAAAAAUGAAAUAUAAUUCUUAAAUAAAUAUAGUAUAUAAAGUACCCAUAUUUUGGCUAGUAUGAACAAAAUGAAAAACCUUGCAGCUUCUUUGUAAAUUGCUUUAUAAAGCUGACUAAAUAUUAUACUGUCUUGGCUAUGGUUUCCAGUAUUUUUAAAUCCUAUCCAAAAAAGUAAUUAAAAUAGAACAUUAAAAGUGCACACUGUGUUGACACAUAUAAGGAAGGGUUCAACAUAUUAAGUGUACUUGAUUGAUCUAAAUUAUUUUACAGAGUAACAGGUAUGAUACUUUUAAAUACACUGACACCUGUAAUGAUUCAGCUUCUUCUUUUUUCAUUUGUUCUACAAAUUGACAAGGAACGGGUUUUUCUUUCUGUGUAUCACUUCGCUUAGCUUCACUAAGCAACUGAACAUGGAGUGUGACAGUUUGCUCUCCAAUGCUAAGGAGGACAAGUUGCUCAAGGAUCCUGUCAUUCAGCUACCGAGUGAUUUAACACCAACUUUC